UAUAUAUGAGAGGAAUUUUUGGGUUUUUGAGAUUUCGUCAUGAUCAUUUUACUGGUUUUCACAGCUUUUCUAGCGUUUCUGUUCCAUGAGUUGUACUGGAAGCGAAGAAAUUUGCCGCCCGGACCGAUUCCGCUCCCGUUUAUGGGAAAUAUCCUAACAAUGCUGUUGAACAAGCCGGGAUAUGAGUGCUUCAGGAACUGCACCAAAAAGUAUGGAGAUGUGUACACUUUCUGGAUGGGAAAGACCCCAUUCGUGAUGAUCAGCUCCUACGACUUGUUAAAAGACACCUUUGUCCGGGAUGGUGACACUUACAAGGACAAGUACCCCCAGCCUCUCAAUCAAAAAAUUCGUGGUGGAAAUUAUGGAAUCGUCGAGUCAAAUGGACAUUUAUGGAGCACCCAUCGCAGAUUCGCCCUCACCACUUUACGAGACUUUGGGCUCGGGAAAGAUCUGAUGCAGGAAAAGAUUCUUAUAGAAGUUGAAGACAUUUUCAAGAAGUUUGAUGCUCAGCUAGGCCUGGAGCAAGAUGUCUCAGUAGUUAUGAAUAAUGCCAUUGCAAAUGUAAUCAAUCAGAACAUUUUCGGUUAUCGAUUUGAAGGUGAUAAGGAGGAAGAUUUUAAGAAGCUAAGAGAGCUCAUGGAGUACCAAGAGACUGCGUUUGCCACUUUUAAGGUCUAUGUUGAAGCUUUUAUACCAAAAGUUGGAGCACUGCUUCCAGGAAGAUCAUUGAACGAGCUAUUAGAAGAAUGGAGGGAUAAUUUCUACACAUUUUUCGAUACUCAAAUCGAAAACCACCGCAAAAAAAUCGACUUCGACUCCCAGGAAUCCCUGGAUUACGCAGAAGCCUAUCUGAAAGAGCAGAGAAAACAAGAAGCUUUAGGAGAAUUCGAGCUGUUCUCCAACAAGCAACUCUCAAAUACUUGCCUGGACCUUUGGCUUGCAGGACUUUCCACAACUAAUACUACAGUUAACUGGACAAUAUGCUAUGUUUUGAAUCAUCCUGAUGUUCUUCAAAAGAUGAAUGAAGAGUUUGACCAGGUGGUUGGUAGUGAUAGGCUGGUGACAAUGGGUGAUAAGAAUAAUCUACCUUAUUUCAAUGCCGUGCUCAAUGAGUCUCAAAGAUGUGCCAAUAUCGUGCCAAUUAAUUUGUUCCAUGCAACUACAAAGGAUACUGUAAUUAAUGGAUAUCCAGUUAAAAAGGGAACUGGAGUCAUCGCCCAGAUUAGUACAGUUAUGCUAGAUGAGAAAAUCUUCCCAGACCCCUAUAAAUUCAACCCUGAUAGAUUCAUAGACGAGAAUGGAAAACCUAUCAAGAUCGAGCAGCUCAUCCCAUUCUCAAUCGGAAAGCGGCAAUGCCCGGGAGAAGGGCUUGCGCGGAUGGAGAUGUUCCUCUUUUUGGCGAAUUUUUUCAAUAGAUACAAGAUCUCACCGUCUUCUAAAGGUUUUCCAAAUCUGGACAAGAAGGAUAACGUUGGUGUUUUUCCAAAAGACCUGCAUGCCAUUUUAAACAAGAGAAAUUGAUAAUUUAUCAAGAAUGUAUGUAUACUUUUUGUAAUAUAUUGAAUAAAAUUGAAUAGAAAUUU